AUGGAGAACAUUAAGUCAAAUUUUGAUAAAAUAAUGGAAAAAUUCAAUGAUAGUAUGACCCAUUCAGCGCCAAAAAAGCUUAGUUUCGAAUAUCUAACCGAUUCCUUUAAUGAUUCUGGUACUUUACCCAAGAAACGACGCCACGAUACCUCCAAUACCAGUUGUGACAAUAGCAAUUCCUCUGUAACCAGCAUUCCACCGAGUCCUUGGGAAACACGUAGAAUUAAAGCUGAUUUAAUUGAAGCCAAGUCGCGGAUUUCUAAGUUAAAGACAGAAAUUGAGCGGCAACACAAACUGAGAGCCGAAGUAGAAACGCUUUAUGAGAGUAAAGUAACGGAGUUGAAGAAACAGUGUGACUUCUCUGCUAAUAAAGUUCAGGACGUCGAGAAACACUUACAAGUUGUGCGCAAACGUGAACAUGGGGCCAAACAAGAGCUUUUGCGAACUCAGCGAGAACUGACACAACUAAAACAUCGAUAUGAGGAGGAAUUGCAUAAACUUCAACGAGAUAAAUUAGAAAUUGAAGAUCACUCACGGCAAAUGCAAAAUAGCAUGGAGAAUGAAUUAAGCGAAUACCGCCGACAUGUAGAUAAACUAGAAAUGGAGCUGCAAUUAUUAACCGAUGAAAUGACCAAUUUAAAAAGCGUACUCAACGAGUACAAACAACAUUCAUCGUCUUACGAAACUCUCAAAAUCGAACACGAAAAAGAACAGCAAGAACUGGAAGUGGCCAACUCACGCAUUAAAGAACUGGAGUACCAAAUAGCGUCUUAUGAAGAUUGGAAAGAAAUAACAAAGAAAUCACAAACCCGUUUAUUGAGCAUACCAGACAUGGACAAAGAACUCGAACGUUUACGCACAAAUAACAAAAAUCUACAGGAGUUGCUUGGUAACAAACUGUUAUUAGAGGAGCAAGUGCAUGAUUUAAAGAAUCGUUUAGCACGUGAGGAGGGUGGCCGCAAUGAAGCCGUGGCUCUCCAAGUAAAACUCUCACAUAUGGAACAAGAACUCAAAGACUGGAUCAAAGUUGCACAGGACCAUUGUCUGCCUAACAUGCUGGUCAGCCCGAUGGCUCUGCGAUCACGAAUUGAGCAGUUACUACAAAAUGACAUAAUAAUGAUAAGCGAAAAACGAAACACGCAAUCUGAAACCAAGUCCAUCAAAUCGGAUUUGUUGGAUUAUAAACAGAAAUGUGAAAUAUAUGUUAAGAACAUAGAAGAACUCAACGUGGCGCUGAAAAGGCAUAAAAAUUUCAAGGAACGCAUACAGCGCAAAUUGUUUUUGGUAUCUAAAGAACGUGACUGUUACAAACAACUGCUGGAAAAUUUCGAAAAGGAUCUCACAUUCUCCAACGCUAAUCAUGCUGCAGAUAGUGGUAAUGGCGAUGUACAAUUGCGUUCAAGAUUAGAUAUGCUAGAAAAGACUUUGGUAGGCUACAAAGACAUGUGCAACAAUUUGGAAAAAGAGUUGACCAACGCAAAACAACUACCCGUUGCCGAUCAGUCCAUUGAAAAUGUCAUCAGCACUGAAACCUAUGAACACAUUAAGAAAGAAUUGGAUACGAUGAGAUUAGAAAAUGAGCGUUUGCGACGUCGUAAAGAGGAAUUGGAAUUAGAACUGGAGCAUCGUUGCUUGAAAGGAGACUUCAAUGUGGGCAAAUUCAAAGUGGUGCACUUGGCGCAAAACCCCGCGGCUGAGGCAUACGAAAACUCCAAUAAUUUAAUUGAAAAAUUACAGGCAGAGAUCGAACGCUUAAAGCGGCGUAAUAAGAAAUUAGAGGAAGACAAUGAAGUCACACAGGCGCGUAUGAAUGACACAACAAACAUGACCAUUAAUAUCAAAGAAAUGAAUCAAUUGCGCGCCGAACUUGAAGCUACCAAUUCUAAAAUGAAGAAGAUGAAGGAGUGCUACAAGUCCGCAAGUAUGGAAUUUCGGGAAGUUUGUUAUUUACUCUUUGGCUAUCGAGUUGACAGAUUGGGGCUGAACACAAACUACAAGCUAUCGAGUAUGUAUGCAGAAAGCCCUGAUGAUUAUCUCAACUUCCGCUUGAAUGAAUCGAAUAAUGCUUUAGACAUGCUCGAGACUCCCUAUUCAAUUACCCUGAAGCCAUUUAUAGAGAGCCAAUUAGUGGGAAAUAAAUCCUUACCGGCAUUUUUGAGUGCUUUAACGCUCGAACUAUUCCAACGAUCCACCAUGACUAUGUCGUAAUGCGCUUGCCAUUGAACUGCCAUCAAAACGGAGGAGCCCAGGUUACAAGGUGUCAAACAUCAAUGAUCCAAUAUAACUUACAUACAUACGUGCAGACAUUAAUAUAUAUGUAAUUAUUUUUCGGCAAUUUAUUUGUUGCUAUGUAUUGGAUCUUACGUGUAUUUAAUAAUAAUUUGUUUGGCUAAAGCUAAGCUAGAUGCUCGUGUCCAAACGUGAUAUUUGGUUCUCAAAACGAAUCAUUAAGGUGGAUUAUCUUCGUAAGAUAGUCUAACUUUAUUUCUUUUGCUUCAACUAUUAAUGAACUCCAACACACAAACACAGCGCGAACUGGCUAGGGAGGUUUAAAUAAUUUCCUA